UAACUCUGUUAGUUCUCCUGUUACAGUUCAAACUUCGGUGUUGAAUGACACAAUAAUUUUAAUAUUAAUUUUUAUAAAUUAAAAAAAAGGGAGAAGGUUUAUUAUUUACCUGUCGCACGAUAUUCAAGUGUUUUUUUUUGCGUCUGUGUUUACGUUUAGGUAUAAAUCGCGCGAUGUUACCGCAAAAAUGGACCUAGUGUGCCGGAAAUUUUUUUUAUAGUGUUCGGAUCCUAAGAAAAUGGUGACAUUAAUGCCCUGCAAUUAUUUAAACGGUCCGGGGUCGAGGUGCACCAUGAUCGACAAGAUGUGCGAACCUAAAGCCAAACGGGCAAGGACCGACACGCUAGAUUCGUCAGAUAGAGACCGAUUGACAGAAAAUGGUCCGAUGUCACCGCAGAGCGGCCACACGUCGAGUUCCUGCGGAUCACCGCCCUCCGUCGCCCAUUUGAACGGGGCGUCGACGCCCUCGGACGCCCUGGGCGGCACCGCCCCCGCCUGUUUAGCCAAUUUCGCCGCGGCGGCGGCAGCGGGGUGGCCACUACUUGAUACCCAAGGCGUAAAGUCGGAAAUAAAAUCACCCGGACUGGGAGAUGCCGUGGACGUCGCGGCGGCCGCCCUCUCCGCCGCCCACCAGGAGGCGGUGGCGGCGUCGGCGCCGUUUUACGGGGCGUCGCCCGCCGACAUCGGCACCGCCACCUACGAUAAAGAUUACCCGGCCGCCCAUCAGGCCGCUUAUGCCGCCCAGGCACAUCAGUAUUAUAAUAGUAUGCACCAAGCAUAUGGCUCUCCCGCGGUAACAUCUCCCUACAUGACGUCACCGACGACGAGUCCCUUUUACAGCACCCCUACCUACCCCUAUUCGACCCUAGGAGCCGGCAGGGGACUCAAUGCCUCCUGUAAAGCUUCCGGUUAUAUUGCAGCCCCUUACGGUUCACCAGCGAGCGCAUUCGGGGCGGCUACCGCUCAAGGAACCCAAUACGCCCCUUAUACGAGUUAUAGCGGCGGAACUGGGGGCGGUGCAACCGGUUUUGCCCAAGGGUUUUCACAGGGCGUAGAGUAUACUCCGUAUGGUUCAACGUACGGGGAUUCACAGACCUCACAAUACGCCAGCAGCUACUACGCCUCCCAAUCCUACAGUCCGUACGUCAGUUCUCCUAGUUCGAGCGGGAGUAUUAGCGCCUCCACAUAUCAAUUGGCUACUGGAGCCCUUUCAGAGAGUCCUUCGAAUGGUAUCACGCUAACAGACGGAUCAACUUCACCUUUAAAAGCUGAUGGGGCAAGAAGGUCAAGGGACUCGGCAAACAGUUUAGGAGAACCUAGGGCCAGGGGUAGAGGAAGGCGAACAAAUAACGUUUCCCCAACCACUCCGGAAUCCACGACAGACAGGGUGUUCAUAUGGGACCUGGACGAGACGAUUAUUAUUUUUCACACUUUACUAACCGGCAGUUAUGCUACCAAAUAUCAUAAAGAUGCUCAAAAUGUCGUGCAGUUAGGUUUUAAAAUGGAAGAGAUGGUCUUCAAUUUGGCGGACACUCACUUUUUUUUCAACGAUAUCGAGGAAUGUGAUCAGGUUCAUAUAGACGACGUGUCCUCGGACGAUAACGGACAAGAUUUGUCCAGUUAUAAUUUUAGUACGGACGGUUUUCAUGCCGCCUCGGCGGCGGCGGCGGGAGGCGGCGCCGCCAAUUUGUGUUUGGCGGGCGGCGUCAGGGGCGGCGUAGACUGGAUGAGAAAACUCGCUUUCCGGUAUAGGAAGAUCAAAGAGACUUAUAACAAUUACAGAAACAGUGUGGGUGGUUUAUUAGGCUCAAACAAACGGGAGCAGUGGCUCCAGUUAAGACAAGAGAUCGAAGCGGUGACAGAUAAUUGGUUAACUUUAGCUAAUAAAUGUCUUACGUUAAUUAAUUCCCGGAGUAAUUGCGUUAAUGUGUUGGUGACCACGACGCAACUGAUUCCGGCCCUGGCCAAGGUUUUACUAUUUGGACUGGGCAACGUGUUUCCUAUCGAUAAUAUUUAUUCGGCCACAAAAAUCGGCAAAGAGAGUUGUUUCGAGCGUAUAGUGACCCGAUUCGGUCGGAAGUGCACGUACGUGGUGAUCGGCGACGGUCAAGACGAGGAAGCGGCUGCGAAAACGUUAAAUUUCCCAUUUUGGCGGAUCAUCGGCCAUAGCGAGAUCGCCGCGUUAUACAACGCGUUAGAUAUGGACUUUUUAUGAUUUAUCUGUGGUAUUUUUUCCUUUUUUCUUUCUUAGAUAUUAGACCUUAUUGUUGAAGCGACUUUUAUUGGUCAAAUUUUAACAACACCCUAUAAAAACUAAGAGACCAGCUUAAAGAUUAAAUUAUCGAUAAUCUGCGGAAAGAAUGAACACCUUAAUUGCAAGUCAACAUUUUCUCAGAAUGUUCGUAGUACUAUAUCGAGAUUUCCUUACAGAUGAUUUUGAUUUCUAACGGUUUAUCAAUAUACAGAGUGUCUGAAAUUAAUUUCAACUUUUGUAAUUUUAUCUGCUAAUUAAUGUAUGUGAUGGAAGGAAAUCACAAAAAAAAUCAACGUCCCACCUUAGGGUCAUUUUAAAAUCGUUAUUUAUGUAUCAAGUGUGUAAAAUGAGCCUUUUUUGAUGAAUGGAAAACUUGCCAAUUCCCAUGAAUAAAAAAGGGGAUUUUGUUGGAAAUAAUUUGUGUGGAAUUAAUUGAGGUGGUCAGUGGAAAAGUGGUAUAAGUAACAUUGACAAGAUUUUGAGUAAUCUAAGGUCAACGUUAAUGGCUAAUAGUAAAAUCCUAGUAAAAGUAAAUCCAAGAAUGGUUACGUAUAUCUAUUUAAAAAAUUCUAAUGUUUUCUGGAAAUCCGGGUUUUAAAAAUAUUGUAUUUUUCUAAAAAACUUAGUUUUUCUCACUUGUACCAUUUUGCCAUACAUGAUGAUUUGGGGUAAAAGAAGUAUAAGUGACAUAAAAGAUACUUUAUUUAAACAUUCUGAAAAAAGGUAUAAUGAAUACAGUUUGUCUUAUCUAAUCUUCAUUAAAUUCUAAAAUAAUCCUGUCACUUUCAUCUAUUAUAUCUUCGUCGCUGUCACGUCGCUCUUCUGUACUGCCAGCACCUGCUUUGGUUUUCUUUUCAGGUGCCGUUUAUUGCCUGUUCCGUUUUUGACUUUUUGAAUCUUCAUGUGCCAAAUUCUUGUAAAAAUGGUGGUAUACCGGAGGUACAAACUGCAACAGCUCUCGAAGAUUUUGCCAUUUAAGAAAUUUUAUUUUUGGUGCCUCAUUAUACAAGGGGCAAAGUUUUUGUGCCGAUGGUCUUCCUUUGCUUCUUCGGGUCCAAUCGGCUUUAUAAAAUUCAAUUAUUGCACUUAAAAGUGUCUUUAAAUUUCAUUGUAAAUGGUUGAUCUUUUUCAAGUCUUAUCCAUCUAAUUUGUCUCCAGGCAAUCUUCCUUUUUUCUUUGUCAUUGCGAACAAUGGUAGUUAUACCUUCAAGCUCUGAAAAGCAGAAAAAGUCAGCCGAUGUCAUUUGUGUUACAGAGAAUCUCUUGCAACUCUCUUUAAUGGCUUCAUUCCAUUCAGUAGUAUUCAUCUCAAUUAAUGCAAAGUCUUUAUCGCACUCCAUAUAAGUGUGCCCCGGCUCUAAGAAUUUAUGGUCCACAGAUUGUAUGUCAUAAUUUUAAACAAAGUACAUCCAAAAUGUUAAUACAUUUUUAUUCUUAUUUUGGCCCCCGCAGGAAUCACUGAAGUACAAUAAAAAUACUUUUUUGGGUAUUGACGAAAAACUAUUUUCUUUUAAACCCUGCUAUAUAUUUUUACAACAUGGAGUUGUUUGGAUAGAAAUUAACAUAAAAAUCCAUUAAGUUAUCUCAGUUAAAUCAAUAUUUAUUAGAAAAUCUGGAAAAAUCGAAAACAAUGUUUGGAUUUCAUGCGUGUUGAUUCGUAACAAUGUUAUUCGUAGAAAUUCGUUUUGUUUCGUUCAAAAUUGGACAUGAUGCUGUUUGUUCCAAUUUAUUCUUUUUUCAAAAAAUUGAUGUUGGUAGUGAAAUUAUUCGACUUUAAGGAUAAAACGUCAACUAAGUACCAGGAAUAUGUUUUUUUUGUUUCUGUUUAAUUUCUUCGAAAAAUGCAAACUUACAAAAUAAUACUAAUGUUAAUAACAUACAAAGUCCACUUGAAAAAAAAAUCAAAUUUGUUCCUGGUUAGGGUCUUCUUCGAGGCAGUCGCACAUGGGAUUUUCUUCACCUACAUCAUCUGCAGGAUCUGGAAUUUCAGCUUAUAGUGCCGUCGUGGUGUUUAAGGCAUGAUCAAAAAACAAGAGCGAAGAAAGCGGGACUUUAAAUUCCCAGUCUUGUCUUGCACAAAGCAGCUUUCGCACAUCAGUUUUCUUUUCUUCUUUGAUGUUAUUUACCAAUGGUAUGUUACAGCGAUCCUGCAUAUCCCUUAUCAAAGUUUGGCCUCGUUUUGUUACUGCCAUUGGGUGCUUCGAAGCGUCGUCAUUCAAAGAUCUACUUAAAUAUUUUCACCUCUGGUAGCCAAGAAUUUGCUGUCAAAAUUGUACUAAAGGCAACGCAUCACUAAAAAUGUAUUGAAUAGUAUACAUUUAAAUAUCCAAAUUAUCGCAAUAGGUUUAAUUACGUGCUAUUCGACCAGGUACUUCAACUUCAUUUUAGUGCAAUUUUUUACAAAAACUUUUUCACUAUUUGCUGCAGACUAAUUUUUGAAUUAUAUGAAAAAACUGUCUUUGUACAAUUGAAAUUUGUACUAAACUGUUUUAAUAUAAAAAUAAAAAUUUGAUUGAGAAAAAGAGUCGGACACAAGGCGAUUUCAGUACAAAUUCGUAAACAAUAAAUUUUUUAAAUUGUACUAAAAAUGAUGUUACGCCAGAAUUCCUUAACUGUCUUCAUUAAAAAAUUAAAAAAAAAAACAUUUAGUUGUUUUUCUGAUUUCACCACUGAAUGAGCGUUAAUUUCACUUACUCUGUGUAUUUGAUAAAAAAACCUCAAAAUAAAUAGGGUGUGAGAAAUUGACUUGACUGUAUAAACUGACCCAGCCUGUAUUAAAUUGCAAUUAUUUACUUCUUUAUAUACAUCCAAUGCGUAAACAACGAAAUUUUCCAAAUAAUUUCUUUAAAAAAAAAGAAGUCUUUUGUGCCAAAUAAAUUUUAAGCUUUAUUAGGGAGGACACACACAUGUUUAACGAGAAUUUCCUGCACACGUACACAAAACAAUAUUUUUUAAGUAGCUUCUUUUGUAUGGCAAUAAAACAACGUUUCUCUUUCUAAGCGGCAACGUACCAAAACGGUUAAUUUAUAAGGAUUUUUUUAUUGUAUUAUAAUAGUUGAAACAGAUUGUUUUUUAUUAAGUAUUAUAAGAUGUAUAUUAAACGAUAAAUAUAUAUUGUACAUAAUAAAGAAA